AUAUGAAAUGCAUAUUUAUCAAAAUAACCAGAGAAUAUGGUAUUGUUAUUUGAUUUUACUGAUGAACUAGUUAAUCAGCUUGUACUGAUAUGAAGUAGAAGCUGCAUUAUAACCAAGCGAGCAGCUCGUAGUGUUGACGCAGACACAGACGCAGACGCAGACACAGACACAGACACAUUCAUCUCACGCAGGAUAGACACAUUGCACUAUAUUUCCUGUUUUAGGAUUGUGUUUCAAAUGUUAUGUUUCUGACUAUCUAAAGUUUACUAAAAGGAAUUGUUUCUAUGUUGGAAUUGAACACAGCAUCUCACAACAGUAAAUGAUCUCAUGUACCUAUAUCAAAAAGUGCUAAAUGUUCAAUAAGGGUCAUACUUAUUUAUUUCUUGGUCAGGCUGUUGUUACGGAGUUCUGACUAAAGGGGAAGCGGGAAAAAAAAACCCAGCAGUUGUUAUUUUCAGACACAGAUCUCCCUCCGUCCAGUGUAAAAGCAUUUAGAGCUUGAGAUCUGAGAGGAUUUCUAUCGUCUUCAAUUCUCUUCUUUGGUGAAUGUAAAUGAUGGAAACAUUGGUGACGUUCCUCCUCACUGGAUCUCUGAUACAAGGUGUUUUGUGUGGCUUUAAUACCAAUCUGCCGAAAAAAGUAGAAGCUCUGAAAGGAUCCUGUGUUUUCAUCCCCUGCACAUUUGAUAUUGAUCAACAAUAUGAAAAAGACCUCACUGACCGUGCAAAGAGAAAAUGGUUUAAAGUCGGAAAACCUCCCAUUAUAGUGUUUGACUCCAGCAGCCCCAACACUGGACUGUUAAAAGGAGAAAUAUUUGGCACUGCUACACAGAAAAACUGCACCACACGCUUCGAUGAUGUUGAUCAGAGUCAUGAUGGCUCAUAUUACUUCAGACUUGAAGCCAAUGGUAAACUGAAACAUAGCUACACAGGACCUACAUACUCUCAAGUACAAAUUGCUGUCUUAGCAUCUCCACACAAACCCACACUGAGCAUCUUUCCGGAUCAGGAGGUGAUUGAGGGAAGUUCAGUGAGUCUGCGCUGCUCUACUAAGAUCUUCUGUCCGUCUCGUCCUCCAUCUCUCACAUGGAGCUCGUCUCUCAUCGAGAGCGUCACAGGACAGCAGUAUCAGAACCAAACUGAUAUAAUCUCUGAUCUGAACUUCACUGUUUCUCACCGUCAUCAUAGAGUCACUUUCACCUGCACUGCAACACACCAGCUACAGAAGCAGAUCACAACACAAGAGUCCCGUCUGCUACGCGUUCAGUAUGCUCCUAAAAACACAUCCGUGUCUGUGAAUCCAGCUGGUUUAGUUCUGGAGGGCCGUUCAGUGACUCUGAGCUGCAGCAGUGAUGCAAACCCAGCAGUGAACUACACCUGGUACAGAGACACUGAGAGACCUCUGAAUCAAAUUCAGACCGAACCAAACCUGACCAUCAACAACACCGACCCGACACACAGCGGACAAUACUACUGUACAGCUGAGAACAACAGCACACAGAACUCAUCAGUGCUGUUGGACAUCCAGUAUGCCCCAAAAAACACAUCAUUGUCAGCUUUUCCCUCCGGCUUAGUGAUGGAGGGCAAUCCAGUGACUCUGAGCUGCAGCAGUGAUGCAAACCCAGCAGUGAACUACACCUGGUACAGAGACACUGAGAGACCUCUGAAUCCAGUUCAGACCGGACCAAACCUGAUUAUCUACAACACCGACCCAACACACAGCGGACAAUACUACUGUACUGCUGAGAACAAACACGGCACACAAAACUCAUCAGUGCUGCUGGACGUCCAGCCAACUCAUUUCUGUCUGCGUCCUGCUGACAAUUAACAUUUAAACGUCAUGUUUUCAUGAGACUUUAGAUAUCCAUCCUAAACAUAAGCAGAAAUCCCUAAAACUAUGAUUAAAAACCACGUUGUGUAUUGUAAAUAACAAUGUUUUAUACUUUAAAUAAUUUUGUAAGUAGUAAAGUAACACAAACGCAAACAGGGCAAAAAAGCGUUUUAAGUUUAGAAACAUUUUGAGUCUCCCCCUCCCUUGCCUCACAGUGCUUUGGUCCAAAUGCCUGCUUUCCUCUUUUACAUCAAUCAGUGUUGCCAAGUCAUAAUACAGUACAGUACAAAAGUCCUUACAAGUACAGUUUUAGCUGUAUUAUUUGUGUCCCCUUCAAAAAUUGCUCUUGAAAACAUUUAUCAUUAUUGUCCCCCACACUGUAUGACAAAAUUUAUGCCCCUGAUCCUAAAAUCAACAUUAUUCAUAGAAAAACUUAACUUUCCUCUUUGGCCUUUGGUUCACAGUUUAUCUUGAGUGCCUCAUAAAUUUUAUUGUAAAAUAUGUUUGCAUAGUGUGAUCCAGAGGUGGAAGCGCCCACCAAAACUACAAACAGUUGCUACUAUCUCACAAUAUUACAGUAAUUAUGUCGCAUUUACGGCAAAUAACAUCCCAAAACCCAUGGUGAAAACCUUUGUUUUUCUGUCAUUUUCCAUUGACUUCCAUAUUUUCUAUCGUCUAAUCUCAACACAUGAACCAUUUCACAUUAUACUGUAACAUCAGUAUUAAGGCAUUUCUUAGUCGUUUAUCAAGUUGUUUCUCACAGAGAGCGUUAGCUGUUGGUAAUUUCACAUUUUACUGCCUUUGUGGGAGUUUUUUGAAUUUUUAAAAUGUUAAUUUUAGAUAUUUUUGGGAAGCAAAAAAGCAGGUGUUUUUUGGAGAGUGAUAAUCAAAGCAUCAUUUACUCACCCCAAAGGUGAUCCAAACCUGUAUUUUCUUCUCCGAAACAAAAAAGAUGAACAUUUAUGCUGCUCUUUUCAACUGAUCCAAUAGACCCAUGACCGUCAGAACUAUAGAAGAAUAGAUAAAUAGAUUAGAGUAGGUUGUGUAAAGGCUUUGCAAACACGCACACACUCGUCUUCUAAUUAAAACAUUAAUAUAUCACUGCAUGAGUUGAUUCUUAUUAAGCUAAAGCAGCAGCUCCAGUAUAAUGAGUGUUCAAACUCCUCUCAAAUUAACUAAACAGCACAGCAAUUACACAAACACAAACAGAACAAGUCAUUUACACACAUUCAGCUGGCUCUCUCUCUCUCUAUUGUUCUCAGUGUUCUUCUACCUCAUGUGGAAUUAAUUAAUGCAGACAGACACUCACUCUGUAGGAAACUCCAGUGAGUGUGUAAAUAUAACCUAUAUAUGGAGACUAUAUAUAUAUUUUUUUUAUUUUUAAUGCUAAUACUGGGUUUAAUCAGGUUAAAUAUGAAAUGCAUAUUCACCAAAAUAACCAGAGAAUAUGGUGGUGUUAGUUGAUUUUAUUGAUGAACUAGUUAAUCAGCUCGUACAGAUAUGAAGCAGAAGCUGCAUUAUAACCAAGCGAGCAGCUCGUAGUGUUGACGUAGACACAGACACAUUCACCUCACGUAGGAUAGACACAUUGCACUAUAUUUCCGUCAUAUUUAUUUCUUGGUCAGGCUGUUAUUAUUGAGUUCUGACUAAAAGGGAAGUGACCCCCCACCCCCCCAAAAAAAACAGCAGUCGUAAUUUUCACGCACAUCUCUCCCUCCGUCCAGUGUAAAAGCAUUCAGAGCUUGAGCUCUGAGAGGAUUUCUGUCGUCUUCAACUCUCUUCUCUGGUAAUUCAUUUACAGAAAAUCAGUAAACCUUCUGUAGUUUAAAUUGUUCUUUAUUGUAAAUUCUGUAUUAUGAUAUAGGCCUAAUUGUGUGUUUUUAUUUGUUUGUUUCUUCUGCUGUAAGGUGAAUGUAAA